UUAGUACGAUGGCAACGAUCCAGGACAAAUUUCGCGGACUGCUGCAGCAUCCCUACGAACCAUUGUUUUUGCCGAAAAACGAUGGCAAACUGUUCUACGAUCUGCCGGAGAGCUUCUUCACCGAUCGGUACCGUCCGAUCGGACAGAAUUUGAUUAACAGAUUCAGUGCGGCUGCUACGGCACCGGAUGGAACGAGCGCGGACACGCCGGUGAUGAAUCGUGUCUCGAUCAACACCAUCCAGGAGCCGGACAUUAAGUUUGCCGAAGCCAUCCCAAGACGUGGUGCGUUUUCGCUGUUCAUUCCGGAACAUCGUCGAAUCGCUGGACGACUGAUCGAGUUGUUUCUGGCCCAACCCGACGCCAACACUCUGGGAGAUGUGGCCGCAUUCGCGAGGGAUCGUCUGAACGGGCCGCUGUUUCAGUAUGCACUGUCUAGCGCGCUGUUGCAUCGUACCGAUACGGAUAAUGUUCCGGUGCCUUCGUUUUUGCACCUGUUUCCCGACCAGUUUGUGGAUCCGGCCGUUUUUCCGAGAAUGCUGGAGGAAGGUCGUGCUGUGUUGGAACCGAACCGGAUGUCGGUAGACAUUCCGAUGAACUACACGGCCUCGGAACGAGUGACGGAGCAAAGGUUGGCAUACUUUCGCGAGGACAUUGGAGUGAAUCUGCAUCACUGGCACUGGCAUCUGGUAUACCCCGGAGAUGGUCCGGAUUCAAUCGUCCGAAAGAAUCGCCGUGGAGAGCUGUUCUACUACAUGCAUCAGCAGAUGAUUGCCAGAUAUCAGAUCGAACGGUACAGCCAAGGAUUGGGACGUGUGGUCCAGCUAGACAAUCUGCGUGCACCCGUUCCCGAACCGUACUAUCCGAAGAUUCUUCGCAGUGCGAAUAAUCGUACGUAUCCGGCACGUUACGCCAACAUGACAAUGGAGGAUGUUCAGCGGACGGACGAUCAGCUUCAAGUUGCUAUUGGGGAUGUGGAGCGUCAGCUUCAGCGCAUUAUCGAAGCGAUUGAUACGGGCGUCGUUGUGUCGCCUAGUGGCCUACGCACACAGCUGGAUAAUUUCCGAGGUAUCGAUGUACUGGGCGAUAUUAUUGAGAGCUCAGCCGUUUCAGUUAACAGACAGCUGUACGGUGAUACACACAACAGUGGCCAUAUCUUGCUGUCGUUCAUUCAUGACCCUCGGGGAGAGUAUCUGGAGAGUUUCGGUGUGAUGGGUGACGUGACGACGGCUAUGCGUGAUCCAAUCUUCUACCGUUGGCAUACUUACGUGGACAACCUAUUCCAGCGGCACAAGAUGCGCUUUGCGCCAUACGCUCCAGCCGAUCUUAGAAACCCGGGCGUCAACUUGUUGAGUCUCGAAACGGAACUAGAUCGUCAGGGAUCGGUGAAGAACAUGUUGCUAACGUUCUGGCAACGGUCGCAGGUUGAUCUAGGGGCCGGGUUAGACUUUGGCCCGGAAGGUAAUGUGUUUGUUACGUUCACACAUCUCCAGCAUGCGGCGUUUAACUAUCGACUUCAGGUCGCCUACUCUGGAACGGCAAAACCAGCAACGGUGCGCAUCUUUCUGGCACCGAAACGCAACGAACGGGGAUCUCUUUUGACGUUCGAAGAGCAACGACGGCUUGCCAUCGAAAUGGACACGUUCAGAGUGAACUUACAACCGGGUAUCAAUAACAUCAUUCGUCGAUCGGUGAACUCGAGUGUAACAAUACCGUACGAGCGAACGUUCCGUAACGUCAGCCAAUCGAACGUAGGUGAUCAAUCGUUCCGUUUCUGUGGCUGUGGAUGGCCAUCGCACAUGCUUGUUCCUAAGGGUGAUGCUAUCGGUGUGGAGUAUGAUCUAUUCGCAAUGCUGUCCGAUCACGACCGGGAUCGAGUGAAUCCAUUAUUUGAUGAAAAACGGGCAUGUAACGAUGCGCAUUCGUUCUGUGGCUUGAAAGACCGUACAUAUCCGGAUGCCCGCAAUAUGGGUUUCCCGUUCGAUCGGCGCGCACAGAACUCGAUCCGAACGUUCCAAGAUUUCGUUGCACCAUAUCAGAAUAUGCGUCUCGCAACGGUGACGAUUCGUUUUACCAACACUGUUGUGUACAAUGGGGAGGUGUUUAUGGAUCUCCCCACCGAGUAUCUUCCCGAGCGGUAUCAACAAAUUGCUGAUUCGAUGAAAAAACUUCAUGGGUCCGUUGCAAAGCACCAUAUCACGAUCAAGCCGGUGGAGUUGCCAGACUUGGGAUACACGGAACGAGUGCCACGCUACGGUGACUUUAAUCUGUUCAAUCCAGCCCAACGGCAUGUGGCGGGACAACUGAUAGCGGAGCUGAUUGCACAGCCCGAUCCAGAGUCGAUGCUGUCGGUGGCGGCUUACGCUCGCGAUCGUUUGAACCCGAUCAUGUUUCAGUAUGCGCUUGCCGUGGCGUUGAUGCACCGGAAAGAUACGGGUACGGUACCGGUGCCAUCGUUUUUGGAAAUGUUUCCGACACGGUUCGUCGAUCCGGCCCUCUUUCCGAAGCUGCGCGAGGAAGGUUUUAUGGUGGAGCAGGACCAACGCGUGGCAAUUGAGGUCCCACACAAUGCUACCGCAUCCGUGGCGGAUCCGGAACAACAGUUGGCUUACUUCCGAGAGGACAUCGGUGUGAACCUACACCAUUGGCACUGGCAUCUGGUGUAUCCGCAGGAGGGUCCAGUUGAGGUGGUAAGAAAGGAUCGUCGCGGUGAGCUGUUCUACUACAUGCAUCGUCAGAUUACGGUACGGUACAAUGUGGAGCGGUUUUGCAAUAUGAUGCCUCCGGCAAAACCGUUGAAAAAUCUACGAGAACCCAUACCGGAGGCAUACUUUCCAAAGCUGUUGAACAGUGCGUUGAAUAGAACAUAUCCAGGUCGGGGCCCAAACAUGUUGCUGAGUCACGUCAAUCGUCCGGAGGAUGACGCAGUUACUACGAUUUUGGAACUGGAAACAUCACUGGGAAGAAUUAAGGAUGCAAUACAAACGGGAUUUGCCGUUGCAGAAGAUGGAACAAAGAUCCCGCUGGACGAAAAAACUGGCAUCGAUAUUCUCGGUAAUAUUGUCGAAAACUCGGUACUUUCGGUGAAUGUUCCGUACUACGGUAACUACCAUUCGCUCGGCCAUGUACUCAUCGGCUACAUCCACGAUCCGGACAAUCUGUUCCUCGAGGGGCACGGCGUGAUGGGAGACUUUACGACGGCGAUGCGCGAUCCAACCUUUUACCGCUUCCAUCAGCACGUGGACGAUGUGUUUGAUAUGCACAAGCAAAAGCUUCCACCGUACAAUGAGCACGAGCUUUCGUUCCCGGGAGUAUCCAUCGUGGACGCUACGGUACAGAUUACGAGUGGAAGGGCAGCCCGGAAUCGGUUGCUAACCUUCUGGCAACGGUCUCAGGUUGAUCUGGGAACGGGGCUGGAUUUCGGUCCGCAGGGAAAUGUGUUGGCUACCUUUACCCACAUCCAGCAUGCACCAUUUGCAUAUCAAAUCAUGGUGCACAACGAAACUUUCGAACCGAAGAAGGGAACGGUUCGCAUUUUUCUGGCGCCUAUUUACGAUGACAAGAGGGAGCAGCUUCUGUUGAGUGAGCAGCGUCGUUAUAUGAUGGAGCUGGACAAAUUUGUCGUAAAUCUAAAAAUGUCAGACAACAGGAAGUUAUUGGCAUUGCUUCAACGCCCGCUGGAACCAACGUUCUAUCCCAAGGAUGGUGGUAAAACUGUCAUCGAUCUGCCGGAAAACUAUCACACCGACCGGUACAAGCCGAUCGGAGAUUCGCUGCAAACGCGUUUCUCAUCAGAUGCCGAGGUGCGCAUUGCGGUGCGCGCUUCAAACUUGCCGGACUUUGCCUUUGCUGAAGCGAUCCCGCGACGAGGUGAUUUUUCGCUCUUCAUUCCGAAACAUCGGGAAAUUGCGGGUGAGCUGAUCAAUUUGUUCAUCAGCCAACCGGACGUGGAUACGUUGAUGAGUGCCGGAUCAUAUGCAAGAGAUCGCUUGAACCCGAUCCUGUUCCAGUAUGCGAUGGCUGUAGCAAUUCAGCACCGGCCGGACACGAAGAAUCUGAACAUUCCAUCGUUUUUGGAACUGUUUCCAGAUUCGUUCGUCAAUCCGAGCGUAUUUCCUCAGUUACGUGAGGAGGGUGCUGUCGUUAAUCAAAGAGAUCGCAUCACGGUGGACAUUGCAAUGAACUUUACUGCCUCGGAUCGGGAGGAUGAACAGCGUAUGGCGUACUUCCGUGAGGACAUCGGUGUGAACCUACACCAUUGGCACUGGCAUCUGGUGUACCCGGGCGAAGGUCCGAAUAAUGUGGUCAACAAGGAUCGUCGUGGUGAGCUGUUCUACUACAUGCACCAGCAGUUGAUCGCUCGCUACAAUGUCGAUCGCUUCUGUAACCGGUUGGCACGUGUGCGCCCACUGACAAAUUUGCGGGAAGCAUUGCCCGAGGGAUACUUUCCCAAGAUAGUACGAAGCUUCACCAAUAGAGCGUUUCCUGCUCGUCCGCAGAACACGAUUCUGAGGGAUUUGAAUCGAAUUGAGGACAAUGUUGUUCUUACGAUAAACGAUAUCGAACGAUGGGGCAGUCGUAUUGCUGAGAGCAUCGAUGGAGGAUACGUCGUAGCACCUGGAGGAAAUCGGAUUCCAUUGGACGAGCAGACGGGUAUCGAUGUACUGGGUAACAUUAUGGAACCGUCGGCACUUUCGGUGAACAGCCAGUACUACGGGAACUAUCACGGACAUAUGCACAAUCUGAUUGCCUUCAGCCAUGAUCCAGAAAAUCGCUUCCUAGAGGGAUACGGUGUGGUGGGCGAGUUCCAGACGGCUAUGCGUGAUCCAGCCUUCUAUCGUCUGCAUGCCCAGGUGGACAACAUGUUCCAUCGCUACAAGCGAACUCUUCAACCGUACAACACCAAUCAGCUGGGAUACGCGGGAGUUCAGAUACAAUCCUUCGGUGUACAGCUGAACCGGGCCAAUGCACCAGCUAAUGUGCUGUUGACGUACUGGCAGCGAUCGCAGAUCGAUCUGUCCACCGGUCUUGACUUUGGACCGCAAGGCAAUAUAUUCGCAUCGUUCACUCAUCUUCAACAUGCACCGUUUACUUAUCGGUUGACCGUAAACAACACUAGCGGAGCGGCUCGUCGAGGAACGUGCCGUAUUUUCAUAGCUCCCAAGGUGGACGAACGUAACACGCCUCUGACCAUGGAUGAGCAGCGUUUGCUGAUGGUAGAGUUGGAUAAGUUCCGCGUGAACUUGACUCCCGGAACGAACAAUCUGGUACGCCGUUCGGAGCAAUCCAGCGUCACCAUUCCGUACGAGAGAACCUUCCGUCCGAUGGCAUUGUCCAAUGUUAAUCUGCCGGAAACGGAGCAGUUCCGCUUCUGUAACUGUGGCUGGCCCCACCAUCUGCUGAUUCCGAAGGGUACUGCCGAUGGUAUGAAGUUCGAUCUGUUCGCAAUGAUCUCGAACUUUGCAGACGAUACAGUCAACCAGGAGUUCGAUGAGAACGUCAACUGCAACGAUUCACACUCGUUCUGUGGCAUCCGUGAUCAACUCUAUCCCGAUAAGCGGCACAUGGGAUAUCCGUUCGACCGCCGAAUUCCGGUCGCAGUACGCACACUGUCCGAUUUUACGCGCCCCAAUUCGAACAUGACCAACAUUGAAGUGCAAGUUCGCUUCACAAACACGGUGAUCGCUAGGACCUGAGGUUGAGACUGCCA